AUGCGCCGCCUACCUCACACCACCAGCAUGUAUUGCAUCGGCUCCUCUUACGGGUGGCUCGUCCUCAUCUCCGAAGCCACCUCCGCGGUCUCCCUCUUCAACCCCGUCACCGCCGAAGACAUUCCUCUUCCCCCACUCUCCACCCUCCAAUCACGCGGACUGUUCUUGUUCUACCAAUCGGAGGACGGCAUCGGAUCUUACUUCAUCAAAACGGACUACCCCAACAUUACGGUCGAGUCCAACGCCAUCGUCGACAAGGCCGUCUUGUCCUCCGACCCUACCCUCGACCGGGACUUCGUGGCAAUCGUCUUCCUCGACGGCAUAUACAAGCGCUGCUUUACCUGCCGCCCAGGGGACAGAUCGUGGAAGGACAACGUCAACGAACCUUUCGAUGAUCUCCAUUGGAUUUUCCCAGGAGUGCCGCAGGUGUUCAACCUGACUGACGUCGUGCCCUACGGCGAGCGGAGGUUGUGCGCUGUCUACAAUGACAAAAAUUACUUAGCAGUCUUCGACGUCGACCCAGGCCCGCCGGGGAGGGCGACGAUGAUCGACAAAAAUUACUUGGCUUCCCACUGUAACAAGACGACUGCAGAUGGAAAGAUCGUCGACAGCACCCGUGUCUUCAGGUUCGACCCUGGCGACACAGGCAGGCCGGCGGUGGCCGUGGAACUGGAGGAUAUCGGGGAUCGUAUCUUGUUCUUGGGCACGUGCUGCUCCGUGUCCGUCGCUGCCGGAGAUUGCUCUGGGAUCCCGGGUAAUGCAAAUUCCACCUUACGAAGUGGUAACAAAUAA